AUGACGCCCAGACGACCGCAUCUCGAGCUGUUCAACCCGACCUAUCCAAAUGCUGGCCACCGAAGCUUCAGCUUAUUCGCGCAGCUGCCGACGGAGCUCCGCGUUCUCAUCUGGCAGUAUUCCCUCCAGCGUCAUCGUAUGAUACACAUUGUUCUCGAGAAACGAGUAGAAACGGGGGCGAGCAACGAGACCAAUAUUGCUGAACGAUACUCUUUACUAAAUGGUCUGGGUCGGCCCGUCAGCGGGAACCACUACAAAGUGGUUACUCCAAACCGGCAUGUUUUGCUUCCUGACAAUAUCAUGAUGGUGAACAAGGAGGCGCAAGCGGUCGUUCUCGCAUUCUACCCGGUGCAUAUCCCGUGCUACCUUAAAUCCUGCGUCGAUAUGGAGGGCAAAAGCCCCAUGCUGCGCCUGAAUUUGGACUGGGAUUACCUGAGGAUCUCGGCCGACAAUGCCUUGUCCCUCUUCUUCGACUUCCUUCACGACCUUCGCGCCUACGACCCAGGAGGUCACGGCCUCCGGCACCUGGUCGUGGAAGACAACCACUUCCGCAUCGCCGAGAUGCCGUCGCUGUCGCCCGCUUCCCUCGACGCGCGCGCCCUUGCGGCGUUCAAAGCCACGCUCGCGGCGCUGAAGACCAUCUGGUUCAAGAACACGCCCCCCGGCGGCCGCGGCCUCGACGUGCUGACUUGGAUACGCGCCAACAUCUUCAAUUACGGCUUUCCCGUGUUCCCGGCUUUCACAUUCUUCGAGCCCCCGCGUCCGGACUCGCGGGACGUCUCCCGCGACCUGCGCAACGUCGGCGGCAGCGUGCCCGACUGGCGCGAAAUGCCCCUCGGGUGGAGGAUGCUUCUGCGCAGGCUCGGCAUAAGCCCCGAGGACGUCGAGGGAGCCCCAGGCGUCGAUGUGCGCGUGAUGGUCGCCUCGGACCGGGAGGGGGACAUCCGUACCCGCGAAGAUGCCGCGCGAGCGCUGCACGAGGAAGACUUCGGCUGGCUGCAGCUACAGUGGUGGUUCCGCGGGUGGGACUCCCCGCGGCCCGGGGGCGGGGGAGACCGGCCGGCCGGAUGCUUUGCAACGGCAUCCGGGCUGCGGCCUAGUUUGCCAGAGCUUGACGGGCCCAAGGUCCUCGCCGCGGCGCCCCGCCCGGCGCUUGGGUUUUGGCUGUUCCCCGUCGACGCGUUUGGAGAGAUUCCCGAGGAAGAGGACCCGCCUUUGUGGAUCCGGUCAAAGGGCAUCUUCGACUUGAGUUCGCAUUGGCCCGACUUGGCGCUUGUGGACGUGCCGUGA